AUGGAUUAUGGUUUUGAGAGUUGUAGGUCUACUAGUUCCCGGCCCCUUAUAUACCCUUUACACAAGUGACAAGUCUCAACUUGUCUUUGAUAAUAUCUUCUCUGCCAUCACAAAUUCCCUUUUCUUUUCUGGAAGCGAAACCCAACGUCAACAAUGGCGGAAGCGGUCGACACAUCAGCCCCAAUCGCGAAGCCGACCUCCUCCCCAUCCUACCUCCAGAACAUGGACGAGCUGCAGAAGGUGUUCGAGAAAUUCGACUCCAACGGCGACGGCAAGAUCUCCCUCUCCGAGCUCGCAGACGUCCUCAGAUCCAUGGGGACGAACUACUCCCCUCCGGAUCUCCAGCGCGUCAUGGAGGACAUCGACGCCGACAAGGACGGUUUCAUCGACCUGGAGGAGUUCGCGCAGCUCUGCCGCUCGUCCUCGGCCUCCGCCGAGGAGCUCCGCGAGGCCUUCGACCUGUACGACGAGAACAAGGACGGUCGCAUCUCCGGGUCCGAGCUCCACCAGGUGCUCAACCGCCUCGGGAUGAAGUGCUCCAUGGAGGAGUGCUCCAGGAUGAUCAAGGGCGUCGAUUCCGACGGCGACGGAUGCGUCAAUUUCCAGGAGUUCGAGAAGAUGAUGGCCACCGCCAACCACUCCCCCCCUCACCGCUCGAAUUGGAAGCUCGCCGCCGCCGGUAUCUUGUGCUUUUUCUCCGUCUUUCGUGUCUCCUGUUUGUUCUACCGUGUUGUCAAAUUCGAAUCUGAAAUCUGGAAUACUGUUAUAAUUAGGUCACGAUCCCUUUGCUUAUCUCUCUCUCUGACUGAUACAACAAGGAAGGACUACAUAUCUGAGACACUUCCCUUUAGAAUUAGAGAACGCGAAUACUUCGAGUACUGGUAUAUAGAAGGCGACAAGAGGUUGGAGAAGGUUCAACGAGUGUCGGCAAUAGAUUGGGUUUUGUAAGCUUUCUCCGCUGGUGCCGAUUUACCCUGUUUUUUCUUGUGGCUGCUCUAUUUUGGUACACUUGAAAACAUGCAACAUGGGUUAUCAAUAACCUGAGAGAUUGAGGACAUAAAUAGUUAAUGGCAAAGCUGCGGUGAAAUGGAGGCGGCGAGCGGACAAGCGACGGAGGCUGGUAAAAGCGAGCCCGUCCGAGACUGAGGCGGGGCCGUUAGUUGAAUUUUUUUGAAUCAAUUCGAGCUGCGGCGCCCGAGAUUGGAGCAUUGGCGCCAUUCUUUUUGGUUUUUGAAUGUCGAUUUCGUUGACCAGCGAAGGCGCCAGAGACUGAGGCGGGUUCGCUCCCUCACUCACCCACUCCAACAUCAUAUAUCCAACAAUUUUCCUUUCAGUUGCUCACCACCAAAAAAUCGACGAAGUUAGACGAGAGAAGCUCUGGUUGCUGGGAAGAUGACUAAUAGUGAUUUUAGAAGAUUCGAACUAGUCGUUCGGUGGAAAUCGGAGAAAGUAGAAGACAAUUUGGGAGUUCAUUUCGUUGGUGGUAGAAGUUUUCAGUUGAAGGUUCCAUCCAGGGUGACAUAUCACAAACUUUGUGAGAAUCUAAUUCUAAGAAUACGGCGUAAAGACGAAGCAGUACAAGAUAGUGAUGUGAUCAUAUGUUUCACUUACUGUCUUCCAGAAUGACAGAAUGGUGUUUCAGUGGCAGUAUGACUAAUAAUUGUAUGAGGUUGGUUGUGAUAUUUUUCGGAUCAAGGAACUAAAUCAGUAGGAAUGAUCUUGCAAAAUCACGAGU